AUGGAGCCGCGGAGGGCGAUGACAUCUACGCUCCCAUCAAGGCGCAGGGCAAGUUCCUUGUUACGCAGCGGACGGAGGGUCAUCGUCCGCGACUACGAAAAAUACAUCACCCGCCAACUGAAACGCGGCACCUCGCGCCAAGAACUCAACGUCUCCUGGCUCAAGAAGAAUGAGCUCGACAUCAAACGCCACGUCGCCGAGCUGCGCGAUAGCAUCAAGAAUAACUGGUCCGCCACAGGCCAGGAGCUGGGCAAGGAGCUGCGCCAGUUUUGGCUGAAUAGCCGGCCCUCGAGUCCGGCGCGAAACAGCGUGGACGGCAGCGUCGGCGGGUUCGGCUUCGGUGGUAAUAAUCGAGGGGCAGGGGCCGGCGCUACCAGUCCCGGGCAUCACAAUAAUAGUAAUAAUAGUCAUAAUGGUUAUUUUGGCAUUGGGGGCGGGAGUCGAACGCAAUUGGGGCGGUUGGAAAUGCCCGGUCGAUCUGAGAGCCCGGGGGUUGGGCCAGGGAGGAGCGAGGACUUUGCGACGGGCUAUAGCUUAGGGUUGAUAGGGGGGGUUAGGGCUUGGAUGACCCGCAGCCUCACCUCGCUCCACGAUACGGACAACCAUGCGGACGUCGCAUUCUCCUCGCCAUCCGGGCAGCGAUGA